AUGAGUUCUGGUGUGAUGAAUAUGGAUAGUUUUGGUAAUGUGAAAGACGAGAAUGCUAUAAAUGGUGUUAACACUACAGGAAAUAUGUUUGCAUCUAUGGUUGCUACUCCUAUUAAAGUAUCAAGAAAUGAGUCUAGUGGAUUAGUUGGUUCUUCUUUAAUGAAUAAUAGAGGUUCUUUACAAUUUUCUUUGUCGAAUUUAAAUGUUUUCCAAAAUUUACCAAGAGAAACCACAAGAGGCACUGAUGAUUUAACUAGAAUGAAAAUGGCUAUAUUAAGUGAUAUACCUGAAGAGAUUAAAUGGGCUUUGAAAAAGUAUCUGGCUUAUAGUAAUAAAGCUCCAUAUAUGAUAAGUUUGAAAGAUUUGCCAGAUUUAUUACCACUAUUUAAACCUUUUAUUACCAAUUUGAAACCGUUAAUAGAAAAUGUUGAUCAACCAUUGGUUAAAUUUUCAAAUGAAGGUGAUAACAGUGAAGUUUCUAACACAUUGCAAUUGGGCUUAACUUGUUUAUUGAUCUUGAGGAACCUUUCUCAAGAUACUGAUUCCGUUCAGGUUUUAGUUACAGACAAUGAAGUUAAAGAUUUCAUUUUAUUCGUCUUACAAGAAUAUGAAAAGUUUUGUACUUAUAGUAGUACAGGUGAUAACAAACAAAUUUUCGAACAUAACUUUUCUAUUGUAAAUGAAUUGAUUCAUUAUACUUUGGACAUUAUGGAAGCUAUAUCGUCAUAUAUGGCACCAGCAAAAUUAGAUGACCCAUUCUUCAAAACUUUAAUCAAGUUAUUAAAUUAUUCAAAGGAUAGAUAUAUGGUCAUUUCAGUUUUGAGAUCCCUUUCACGUUUACUAGUAAGAUCCAAGGCGGACGAAGAAAGUGCUGCAGAUAACAUAGAUGAAAGUUCUCUAUUAUUAGUUGUAUCAUUUUUGUUAAUUGAUUGUGAUAGUGAAUUAGUUGCUGCAUCUCUGGAUUUAUUGUAUCAAUAUAUUUUACCUGGAAAUGAAAGAAUCUCAAAAUUAUUAAGCGAUAUUUCAAGAUUUAAUCAAUUAGCAACAGUAUUGCCAAAAUUGUUAUGUGACAAUGUUCAGUUACCUGAAUAUAGUAAUGUUGAACAAUUCGAUGUUAAUUUGAUUAAACGAUUAAGGCCACCUGCUCCUAAAGAAGCACCGCAAUUAGAUGAAAAGCUAUUUUCAGAACUAUUGCAUCUAGAAGAACCAUAUAGAUCUACAAUGUGGUUAAGAUGUUGUUUUGAACCAGUAAAAGAAUCAGAAGUUACCCAAAUCACACUUUGGAAAAGCUAUGAAUCAAAAUUUGCUCAACCGUUACGUGAACUAAAUGGGAAACGCCUAUUGCCUGCUGUUGAGUUUAUUAAAAAUGUUUCCAAUGCAUUCAGCAUAGCUUCCGCAAUGGUAAUAACAGAUCCAACAACAGGAAAAAAGCGUUUCGUUGUUAAAGGCAUACAGCCACGUUACAAACCAUUAAGUCUAUUCGAGGCAGAGGAAGAACAUUUGAAAAGAAUUAAAAAAAUUAGUGGUGAAGAUGAUAAAAUGAAUGAUUUGGAUCUAAAAAAUGGUUCUGAUAACGAAAAUGAGAUUAUUCAUGAGGUUACUCAGAGUGAGUUACCACAAAUUUCGUUUCCCAACAAUAUAUCUGAAAUUUCAAAAGCAUCCGCAACAUUUCUAUGUUUGUUAUCAAAUGAUACAGAAGGUUCUGGUAUUAGAUUUUGCCAGACUAUAAAGCCAAUAGUUUUGCAUAAGUUAUCUGAUGUUCCACCGCUAAGCUCAGCUCUUUCAGAAUACAUGGAUAAUACUAAAAUGCUAUGA